AUGACGACUGGAGAGACUGAGGAGACAUGUGGAGGACAAGAGAAGGCAGGAGGGAUGAUGGGAGGACAAGGAGGAGGAGGAGGGAACAUGACGCUUGCUCCGUCUUUCACCACCCUCAGCACUAUCGCCAUCCAGGCCGGACAAUCACAGAUUGUUGUCUCUGUCCUCAGGAGUGGGUCUCUGGUCCACCUCCAGCUGGUCCAGGUCCAUCCGGGUCUCUGUGAGAUCGGAUCAAACCAGGAGGAAAACCAGAGACUGAUCCAGGAGCAGCAGCAGCUGCUGGAGAAACUCAAGCGUCAUGAGAGCGAGGUGCUGGCAGUGGUGGAAAAUGGCCAACAGACAGAGCAGAGGAGGAAGAGGAGGGAAGAACGGAUGACGGAACAGAAGUGGAAGAAGAAAAAGGAGGAAGAGGAGGAAGUGUACAAGGCCAUGGGGGUGUCUCUGAGCGAGGGAUGGUCGCUGCUCCUCCGCCUGCUCCAAAGACGACAGGAAGUCCUGAUGUUGGCAUCAGACUUUUACCGCCGAGCUCUGGAGUUUGCGGUCAGUAUCGACAGGGUUGAGGAUCUCCAGAUCAGACCAGACGACAGACUGACUGAAGUUCAGCUCAGAUACGACUCCAUGAGGAGAGAUCUUCUGGGGAAAUCUCUGCAGGUUUUAAGCAGCAGCAACGUUCUGCUGCAGAACCUCAGACAGCUGCAGAGAACCGAGGCCCUCCAGAGGAGAGGGGGAGUACUGCAGGAUGAGGAGGGGCAGGAGGGGGAGGUGACUGUCAAAGCCUCACUGGGAUUAAAUGUCGAUUAA